AUGACAAAAACUAUUUCAGGUAUCUCAUUUACAUCUAACGUAUCCGUAAACCUGACACCACAGCAACAUGUGGAUACGAUAUUUCGUAAGAAAGCGAAUUCGCUAAAUAUGCGAGGAGAACAGCCACGAAAUUAUGUGUUAAAGGUGUGUGGGAGGGAGGAAUACCUCUUAGGAGAUUAUCCGCUCAUACAAUUCCUCUACAUACAAGACAUGCUCGCUAAGGACGGCGUACCUCAGGUCAUGACUGUCAGUAUGGAUAAAAUAACUUACUGUGAUAUGCAAUACUACGCGCUGCCGGAGAGAAGAAGACUUACAUCGGAGCAAUCAAACACAAUACGGAAGAAAAAGAAUCAUGAGUCCUCGUGGAAGAUUGAACGGAACUACUCUUGUUUGAUACAGACUGUUGGAGGACUGAACGUGGAUCCAGGGAGACUUGUUGAGGUUGUAUGCCAAGCCGGUAUAUACCACGGUGGCAAGUCACUUUGUGAACCCCAAAAGACGAAAGUAGCGGUCGUUUCAAAGGAAGGCGAGGCGCAAUGGGACGAAGAAUUGCAGUUUCCUAUAAAAGUGUGUAGUGUUCCGCGAAUGGCUAGGCUCUGCUUCGUUAUAUACGAAAUUUCAAAGGCUAAAAAUAAACGGAGAGGAAAAGAUACAAAGGACGCAAUAAAUAGACUAGCGUGGGUUAACACAAUGGUAUUCGACUACAAAGAACAGUUACGUACUGAGGCCGUGACGUUGUUCAUGUGGACGCACGUCGCGGACGAGACGCAGGGCGAUGACGUAUUGUUACACCCGCUUGGAACUGUACUCGCUAAUCCUAAUACUGAUUCGUGCGCUGCGCUACAAGUCAGAUUCUCAAACUAUGACUGCCAACACCCAAUCUUAUUCCCGAAGCAAGAAGCCAUAAAAUCGUAUGCCGACCAACUUGAGAACGGAGCGGAAAUGGCGCGACUGAAUGAAAACUUUGAGAAAUUACGAGUCACCGCCGAAAAGGAUCCCAUGUAUGAAAUGCACGAGCAAGAAAAGAAGGAUAUUUGGGCAGCUAGAGAGUACUUCCAAACGACGGCCCCAGAGUUGCUGCCCAAGCUGCUCUCGUGCGUCGAAUGGACUGAACGGGCAGAGACUGCUCGUGUCGCGAGAAUGCUCUCAAAUUGGCCAAUGUUACGAGUCGAGUCGUCUUUGGAAUUAUUGGACUAUGCCUACGCGGAUGCGGCUGUUCGGAGUUUUGCGGUCGAAUGUUUGGCUAAGAUAAGCGAUGAAGACUUAUUAUUAUAUUUAUUACAACUAGUGCAAGCAUUGAAACACGAAUCGUAUCUGAUGUGUGAUCUCGCGAGAUUUUUAUUGGAACGCGCCUUCAAGAAUAGGACUAUUGGACACUACCUCUUUUGGCAUUUAAGAUCAGAAAUGCACGUUCCGUCCGUAUGCGUUCGUUUCGGGCUCGUAUUGGAGGCGUACUGUCGCGGCUGUCAAGAUCACAUCAGCACACUGACGAGACAGAUCACAUGCCUCGAUAAACUUAAAUGGGUUAGUCAAGCGAUUCGCAAAAAGAAGGAAAUAUCAAAAGCCCGUGCGGCGCUUCACAUACAUUUGCAAGAAGAACAUUGUAUGGAGCAGUUAUGUGAUUUUGCGUCACCUUUAACUCCUAGUCUUGUUUGUAAACGGAUCAAACCCGACAGAUGUACAGUAAAGGACAGUAAAAUGCGACCCCUGUUACUAGAGUUUGAAAACGUGGAUCCGACGGGAACAGAUAUUAGGAUUAUUCUGAAAAUUGGGGAUGACCUACGCCAGGAUAUGUUUACUCUGCAAAUGCUCAGAAUUAUGGAUAGGAUUUGGAAGAACGCCGGGUAUGAUUUUAGAUUGAACCCGUACAACUGUAUAUCAAUGGAGUACGCAGUAGGUAUGAUAGAAGUCGUAGAGGAAGCGGAGACAGUCGCCAACAUUCAGAAGCAGAGCGCGCUUUUCAACGCAGCCUCCACUAUAUCCAAGGCUAAUCUAUUUCAAUGGCUCCGGAAACAAAAUCAAAGUGAGAGUGCGUUGAAUAAAGCGGUUGAAGAGUUUACUAUGAGUUGUGCGGGUUACUGUGUCGCGACCUAUGUGUUGGGCAUUGCGGACCGACAUCCAGACAACAUUAUGGUUAAAAAGACUGGACAGCUAUUCCAUAUAGAUUUCGGCCACUUCCUAGGACAUUUUAAACAGAAGUAUGGGUUUAAACGCGAAAGAGUACCGUUCGUACUAACUCACGACUUCAUUCACGUGAUUAAUAAGGGGCAGAGGGGCGGUGUUGGAGAACAGUUGGAUUUCAAGAUAUUCAAAGAGCUUUGUGAAACUGCCUUCAAAAUACUCAGGAAACACGGUCAUCUGAUACUGUCUCUGUUCUCAAUGAUGAUAUCCACUGGCCUUCCGGAACUCAGCUCCGAAAAGGAUCUUCAGUAUUUGAGAGAGACUUUGGUGAUGGAUCUAUCCGAAGAAAAGGCGAUAGAGCACUUUCGUAUGAAGUUCGUGGAGGCGCAAAAGAACUCAUGGACCACGUCCUUCAACUGGGCAUUCCACAACUUCGACAAGAACAACUGA